GGGGGGGGCCCGGGCGGCCGCGCCGCGGCGGCCCCGCUGACCGUGUCCCGCAGGUGCGUACCGGCCCUCCUACGAGGAGAUGCUGCGCUUCUACAGCUACUACAAGCAGGCGACGGCGGGGCGCUGCCAGGGCCCGCGGCCCGGCUUCUGGGACCCCAUCGGCCGCUACAAGUGGGACGCCUGGCACAGCCUGGGCGCGAUGUCCAAGGAGGAGGCGAUGGCCGCGUACGUGGCGGAGAUGAAGAAGGUGGCCCAGAAGGUCAUCGACACCGUGCCCAUGGACGAGAGCACGGAGGAGAUGUUCCGCUACUUCGAGCCGCUCUACGAGGUGAUCCACGACAUGCCCCGGCCCCCCGAGUCCUUCUUCCAGAGGAGAGGGGAGCGCCAGGGGCAGCAGGAUGGCCCCAGCCAGGGUGGCACAGCGGGCAGCCCAGCUCCAGAGAGCCCCGGAGACUCCGGGCCUGGCCCGCAGCAGCACGGGCAGCACGUGCCAGGAGCUGGGCUGGCUCCUGCCCCCGAGGGGAGCCAGGUGACCAGUGACUCUGAGGGGGACACGUUCAGUGACACCCUGGAGCAGAUGGAGCCCGAGAAGGCCGGGCAGGUGCGGGGGCUCACCCCGAAGGGGGCCCAGGCUGGGGCUGAGCCCCCGGAGCCCCCGGGCGCUGGGCAGGGCGAGCGGGGCGAAGGCAGAAGAGCCGAGGGGAGCAGCAGCAGCACAGACCUGCCAGCCCCGGGCUCCGACACAGGUGCCCGGCUGGCCGGGGGGCAGCCCGGGAGCGGCACCGAGGCGGGCCCGGGGCCGGCGGAGCUGGAGGCGCGCGUGGGCAGCUCGGUGCGGGCGCUGCAGGAGGAGCUGCGGCGGGUGCGGGAGCGCCUGAGCCGGCUGGAGGCGCUCGGCGUGUUCCAGGGGGAGGCAGCUGGGACAGAGCCCGGCCCAGCACUCGCUCCACAGGCCGUGUCCCCGUGGCGCCUGAGCGUGUCCCCGCGCACGCUGCUCUUCCUGGCCACCUGGCCCUUCGUCACGCAGUGGCUGCUGCGCCACUGGCCGGGCAGGAGGAGGUGACCCCGAGCACGGCCAGCAGCACCGCCACCUCCUCGCCCAUCCCGCUUCGCACGGAGCCACGCGGGAACCGCCUCACCAGCCACGGUCUGCGGCCCGGGACACCGGGACACCGGGACACGGACACCGGGACACCAGGACACGGACACCGGGACACCGACACCGGCACCCAGGGCCGGCCCCGGCCCCGCGGCCGCCGCCACGCACAGCCGGAGCAGCAGCAGGAGCAGCCCCGGCCCGCCCGGCCUGCGGGGGCUGGGACAGCACCGAGCCUGCCUCAAUUAAAGUCGCCUUUUCGGUUCA